GCACUCUGCUUGAUUUUUCUUUGAACCUCAACUGAUCAAAACUUCAAGGGAGUAAAUUGAGGUGUUAUCUCCAGGUGCUUCAAUGCAACUAUGAAAAGUGAAAAACCGUAACCAUACAGAAAACAAUCUCGAUGUAUAUAUCUCGACCUGUGAGAUUUGAAAAUUUCGGAAUCUGCAUAUUCCUAUCAAAAUAAAAAAAAUGCUCUAAAAAUUUCAAGAAAAAGUGCUUUGUUCACAGUUGAUGCCUUUCUUUUCCCUGAAUACUGAAUGAUAUUGUAACCAUUAUUAUAAAGUUUAAAUUUGUAUUUAAAUAAAUUUUCUACUAAAUUCAUAUAUAACAGUAUUUUACGAAAACAAAACCGUUUAGAAGCUCGGGAAGGUGUUGCGUUAAUCCAUCGGUUAUUCUAUUCUCCAAAAAGAACAGGCCAUCCCUUGAGGAUUAGUAGGGCAGUUUCUAGUGGGCCUAGUUGGGCCGGAUGCGAAAUUGGGCAGAACAGUAGAUUUCUCUCGUAAAUAAGUCUAUUUUGCGUCCCUCAUUUCUUACCUGCGAUCUCAUUGGACCCGGCCCACUAAGUAAUCAUUUGUCUUCUUCUCGAAGGCAAAAACCACAGUGCGCAAGGCAGCGGCUUUAGCACGCGCGCAGACAGCAGCACACGCGAGCGGAGAGGAGACGGGGAUGGCGGCGGUGGAGGAGGAAGGGAGGUGGGAGCCGACGGCGGCGGCGGCGGAGGAGGAGGAGAUGGGGGUGGAGGCGGAGGAAGCGAUGGAAGACGGGGAGGUCGAGGGAGAAGUUGGUCAGCAGCAGCAGGAGGAGGAGGGGAAUGGAGACGCGGGAAAGAGCGAGGAGCACGGCAGCGCGGGGGGGCGUAUGGUGUGGAAGAAGAAGCAUCACCACCACCACCAGCCGCGGACGCCCGUGGCGGCGGAGAGCCGCGCCACCUGGAGGGGGGGCAAGGGCAGCGGGAAGGGGAGAGGAGGAGGAGGAGGAGGAGGGGGGUUUCACCACUGCCCUUGGAAUCUGCAACCGGACAAUCUGAACAGAUUUAACAAACCAGGGGUAUAUGGUGGUGCUAUUAUCAUCUGCAAUCACAUGACUAAGAGGGGGUUCUUCGAGAAGAAACUUUUUGGGCUUCCAGGCUACGCUGCAACUUUCAUAAAGAAGAUCAGAGUUGGUAUGCUUCUCUUUGUGUUUGAGCUUGGGGAAAGAAAACUUUAUGGGGUAUUUGAAGCUACCUCCAAUGGAGCACUGGACAUCCUUCCAAAUGCAUUUACUUCUUUGAGGAAGCCCCGACCAGCCCAGGUUCUCUUCAGAAGAAUUUGGUUCUGUAAGCCCCUCGCUGAAACUGAGUUUUCUAGUGCCAUCAAGGGAAACUGUCUCUAUCCCCAAAUGUCCUUCUUUGGUAUAUCGUACCAACAGGUUUUAAAUCUGGUGCACCUGUUUGCUUCAAAGAGGAUUGAACUGCAGCCAUACCAGAAACCAAAAUCUAGAGUUAUAUAUGAUUACAAGAUCUCUCUCGCUCAUCUUGGCCGAGAGUUCAGUCCUCGCACUCAUAACAAGACCUUUUCUAGCCAUUCGUCUUCCACGUUUUGCAAUAACAGAUUCUCAUUGCCACGCAGUUCUUACUUGUACACCAAACAGAAUGCUAAGCAUGAUGCUUGCAAAUAUGAAUCUCCUUUGCACUCUCCACUUAAGUCUGUGAUCUUCAAAGCACCAGAUGUCAAAGGAGAAAGCUUAGAGCCAAAUCCUGAUUAUAUACCACUUGAGCUAGAUGAUUCUAAGUCUGACAGUGAUGCAGAUCCAUCAGAUAGUUUGGAAACUGUAAGCUUCUAUCCAACACUAGAGGGCUGCAUCAGCUAUGAGGAUCAAGAUCUCAAACCUUUCAAUGGAAAAUUCAAUGGCGAUGAUGGGCAUCAUUCACAUGUGCUGAUUCGAGGGCUCAAUUCUGAAUGUGAAACAGAUCGAAACAGUGUUUUUUCUCGCAAUGUGAAAGAGAGGCAAUCAAGCUUGGCCAAGGGCGGCAAGGGGUGCAAACGCAAGGCAAUUGUCGAGUUUGAUGAGCAAUCAUCCCCAAGGAGAGGUUGUACCAUGAAAAGGGUUUCAUUCAGUUUCUCUGGUGAAGAAAUUUCAGUUACUUCUGAGAAAUCAUUGCACAGGCCUACUGCAUUUGCUGAACUACCUAACACAAGGGAAUCAUCUGCGGAAGAAGGAAAGCAAGAAGUCGGUUGCGUGGUUCAAAAGGCUCGGAGCAAGGGGGAAGAUGUUUCAGCAAAGAUCAAGCUGAUGGGCCUAUCCUUGCCUGAAGCACUUAGAACUAAUCGUGUCCAUAGCUGCUCCAGCAAUAGUCAAUCACUGGUGACUCAAACAGGUAUCAAUCUGACCUGCACACUUCUCACGGACAAGGAAUGAAAGUAGUAGAAGCACAACCUUUCAGUGUUGAACUGGCAGUCUGGUAGUAAGAUAAGGGUCUUUCACUGGCUAAACGGUAGUUUUUUUUUUUUUUUUUUGGCACCAAUGCUCACCUUGAGAGGAAUUUCUUGGAGGGAACUUCUAGGUAGUAGUAAAUCCUAGAAUGGCAUCAGUAUGCUUUCGCCUCACAUUGCUAGCUGCUGUAAAUAUGGCAUGUUUGCUGUUUUCACUUUGUAAGGAGAAUCAAGCACAAUAUUUAACUGAGAUUUUUCUGGCA